CUCGAUUCCAUUGCAGGUCAUCACAAGGAUUUCAGUCCAUACUCGGCAACAGGCCCGCGCCACGGCGGUCGACGGAAGGGAUGUCGCAUGGAACAGGGCAAGAUUUCGCGAUGAAUUCGUGUUUGAUGUCUAUGCAAGGGAGCGACGUGGAGCGGGCAGGAGAAGACGACGACUGCCUCGAUUUUCGCUCCAUGUUUGCUUCUCCAGGCAAGGGGACAAACGCUGCGUUCGGAUCCACCAUGCUCCCCGAGCACGAAUUGGAACAUUCUCCUGUUCGUCAACCAUCAAGUGCUGAUGGAAGUGGCAAGAUGUUCUCACCAUUGCGUGUUAUUUAUUCCCCAUCCAAGUUCUUUCGGAGUCCGGUCAUGGGAAAGGAUUCCGUGUCGUCGUAUGCCUUGACAACUCCCGUGAUGCUAAAGAAGAAGCGACCGAAAAAGCAAGAAGGAGGGACGAACACAAACCUGCCGCCAUCAGCAGAAAAAGCGGGGCCACUGGCAAGUCCGUUCUCAGGAUGGAAAGUCGAACAGGGCGAGAAGUACAGGUUCAUCCUCUCACCGUUGCCCUCAGUCGUUGCUACACCAAUCACCACCAACGAUGAUGACAAUCGAAGUUUCCUUACGUUUGCACAGUCGUUGCCCGCAAUAACAGACCUCAACAACCUAGACUCGUCGCCAUCCGUCACGGUGUCUCCUCUCACGCCCGAGCCGCCACUCGCAAAACUUGAACCUGGUUGUUGUUACGGAAAGGAUCGGACUCCCGAUACUGACACCGAGUGUCCUGCUCGUGUUGUAACACAGAGACUCGAGUUCACGGACUCGCCAUCGACAGCGUGUUACGAGGCUGCUGCGGCGUUUCCCAAUAUCCAGACAUUGACGAGCGCUGCUCCAGGACGAAGCCAUCGAACGACGGAUGGUGGUAGGAAGUCUGUUACGUUGCAGUUCACCCAGCACACCGCGGGGGGACGGGCGACAACAAUUAAGUCGAUCAACGAGUCCAUGCGAAAGGAAAAAUCCAAGCCCAACAAAAACGCCAAGGCGUUCAAGGCCCUGUGUUUAAUCGAUACGCCCGAUGCAACACCGCCGCCACGGGUUACGUUGUCGAGAAAGCACAAACUUCUUGACCACGGCCCCUUAACUCUCCACACACCACUGGAAUCGAAAGCAGCCAUGAGCUUCAUCACUCCUGGAUCCAUCGCUACUUCCGACGAGGUGAUGCGAAAGAAGCCACGAUUAGACAGCGUCGGCCUUCCGUCGAGGUUGGAAUCACCGGGUGUCGACCUCAGACAGACCAGCACCACUGGAAGCGCGAGUAGUGUCAUUUCGUCGACGCCACUUGUGGCUAGCAAUGGCAGUGGGGGGCUGCAUGGCCCCACGACAAACACGCCCAAGAAGCGAAAUCCAUGCAAUUGCAAGAAGUCCCAGUGCCUCAAGCUGUACUGUGAAUGCUUUGCGUCCGGCGGGUAUUGUGAUGAAAAUUGCAAGUGCGUCGGGUGCCACAAUAUUCCCAAGUUUGAAGCACAGCGCAAGGACGCGAUCGCGGUCACGUUGGAGCGAAACCCGAACGCGUUCAAACCCAAGAUCAAUCAUGCACUGUCCGACGAUCUCAAGCACAACAGUUGCCAUUACCAUCCCAACUCAACGGGUGGUAGCGCAAAGGCCCUUGUCAAGACACACCACCACGGCUGCCACUGCAAAAAGUCGUUUUGCCAGAAAAAGUACUGCGAGUGCUUUCAAGCAGGGGUCCCGUGCGGCGAAAACUGCAAAUGCAUCGAUUGCAAAAACCAGGGAGGCUCAUGUGCCAAACCAGGCCACAACGGACCAGCGGCAGGCACACCGUUGCCAGUGAUUGUGGCCACACAGUCCAAACUGCAGCAACCCAUCACGUCCUUGACAAUGUCAGACACCAACCAACCGCUCACGCCGUCGUUUGGGGACUUUCGAACCACCAUUCUGCGACAGGACAAGUCCAAAAUCACAGAAUCCACGGCCAAGCGAAAACUGAUCGUGUAUCCGUUGUUUGGCGCAUCCCAGCCACCCCUGCAAAAAGACAUCGCUGUGCACAUCUUGCAGCACCUGGAUGGGCCGGAUAUUUACAACGCCAGCAUCGUGAACCGACUGUGGAAUGGCAUGACGAUGAGCGAAGACAUUUGGGACUAUUCGCAGCUGGAUAAAGUACCAUAGACACGACCACGUCCGUCGAAGUCUUUCUGGC